CGUUUCUGUCUGGCACAACCCGCAAUGCUUUGAUUCGCCUGUCUCAGUCUGUUUAUGAAUGAAAAAAAACAUGGUGGUCUAGCUAGUUUUUAAUCAAAUUUGCAAAAACAUUAUUAGAUUUUCCUUUGAAGGUUUAUUUGUGAUCGAUAGUAAUUAUGCCACUAGCAAACUCCUCAGAUCCAUGGCGAAUGCAGAAUGUUGGAGACAACAGGAGUAUAUCUCAGACAGCCAACAGUCUUCCAAUGGUGGUGGAGACCUCGGCAGAGUCGCGUCAGGCGUCCACAGCAGAAAGCCUGGAUUCCGCCGCCGAGAUCAGCUGCGAGAGAGAGGUUGAGCUGCAGGAUGUUGUCAAAGAGGGCCACGAGAAAGCAGACCCGUCUCAAUUUGAAUUGCUCAAAGUUCUUGGAGAAGGUUCCUUUGGAAAAGUUUUCCUAGUCCGAAAAGUAACUGGUGCUGAUGCUGGCACCCUCUAUGCAAUGAAGGUACUUAAAAAAGCUACCCUAAAAGUGAGAGACAGAGAACGUACAAAAAUGGAGAGAAAUAUACUAGUAGACAUGGGCCAUCCAUUUAUUGUAAAAUUACACUAUGCAUUUCAAACUGCUGGAAAACUUUAUUUAAUAUUAGAUUUUUUACGUGGCGGCGACUUGUUCUCAAGACUUAGUAAAGAGGUAAUGUUCACUGAGGAGGAUGUUAAGUUUUAUUUAGCGGAGUUAGCUUUAGCGUUAGAACAUGUGCACAAAUUGGGCAUUAUAUACAGGGAUCUUAAGCCAGAGAAUAUUUUGUUAGAUGCAGACGGUCACAUUGCACUUACUGACUUUGGCUUAUCUAAACUUCCACCAAGUAGUGAUAAAGCUUAUAGCUUCUGUGGUACAGUUGAGUACAUGGCACCAGAAGUUGUCAAUAGAAGAGGUCAUACAUUUGCUGCGGAUUGGUGGUCUUUCGGAGUACUUAUGUUUGAAAUGUUAACUGGAAAUUUACCAUUCCAUGGCUCUACGAGGCACGAAACAAUGACGCAAAUAUUAAAAGCGAAGCUUGGUAUGCCAUCCAACUUGAGUGAGGAAGCACAAUCUUUGCUUCGAGCGUUGUUCAAACGGACACCACAAAAUAGGCUGGGGGCGGGCCCAAAUGGUAUAGAGGAUGUGAAGAACCAUGAGUUCUUUGCAAGCAUAGACUGGGAUGCUCUGUUGAAGAAAGAGGUAAUCCCACCGUUCAGACCGGCCGUGUCGCGAGCCGACGACGCCUUUUACUUCGACUCGGAGUUCACUUGCCGCACGCCGAGAGACUCGCCCGGGGUGCCCGCCUCCGCCAACGCUCACGAACUGUUCAGAGGUUUCAGCUUCGUGGCCCCUUGCCUACUCGACGAUGAGAAUAAUAAAACCGUUACAAAUACAACGCAGAACAACGUCGUGCAAAACAAUAAGACUUCCACUGAGGAGUUUUUGGCUGGCUUCGUGAAUAGGAAUAAUUUCUUUGAUGAAUACCGGUUAAUGGGUGAAUUAGGCACUGGAUCGUUUUCAGUAGUCCGCCUUUGUGAACACAAGGCGUCAAGAGUGCAAUAUGCCGUUAAAAUUAUGGACAAGAUGCAGUAUGAUCCGCGCGAAGAAAUUGAGAUCUUAUUAAGAUACAGUCAACAUCCGCACAUCAUAACCCUCCGCGGCGUCUACGAGGAAGGCGCCCGUAUCCUCGCAGUCACCGAGCUAUGCCGGGGCGGAGAACUGCUCGAGCACAUCACACAGCGGCGCUACCUGCCCGAGCACGAGUGCGCGCCCAUCCUGCGCAACGUGCUGCACGCGGUGCACUACCUGCACAGGCACACCGUGGUGCACAGAGACAUAAAACCAUCGAACAUCCUAUUCGCGACGGCUGAAAAGAGGCCCGAGGACAUCCGCCUGGUCGAUUUCGGGCUAGCGAAGCAGUUGCGCGCAGAGAACGGGCUGCUCAUGACCCCCUGCUAUACGGCCAAUUUCGUGGCCCCUGAGGUCCUAAAACGAGCUGGUUACGAUGCUGCCUGCGAUAUAUGGAGUUUAGGUGUGCUGGCAUACAUCAUGUUAUCUGGCAGAACGCCGUUUGCUUCGACCGGGGAUGACAGCCCUGAAGCUAUUCUUACAAGAAUUGAGUCGGGAAAGGUGGAGCUGUCAUCCGGCGUGUGGCGCUCCGUGUCGGGCGAAGCGAAGGCGUGCGUGCGGCGCAUGCUGCAGCUGGAGCCGGCGCACAGGCCGCGCGCGCACGAGCUGCUGCGCGAGGCCUGGCUCUGCAGCUCCCGGGCACCCACUGAGGCGCAGCCACAGCCGGACCUGGAGGAUCCGGUGCCUCCGGAAGAGCUGCGCCGGGCUGUUGACCUCACCUUCCAGGCGAUGACCUCGUCGCCAAUGACGCCGCAGGUGCUGGGCCCGGUGUCGCAGUCCACCCUCGCGCAGCGCCGCAGCAAGCCGCAGAGACGCUUCCCGCCUACUCAGCUUUAAAUACGGUAUACGAACUAAUUUUAAACAAGUCUUUGCCACCAAAAGAUUUCGAGG